AAUAAUAAUUGUUGUUAUUAUUAUUAUUAGGGUUGUUGAUAGUUGAUUGUUGUUGUUAUAUUGUAUUGAAAAGGAAAGGAUUUGCAAUGAGGGAAUGGAAAAUUAUACCCUAUUAUAAUAAUAACAAUAAUAAUAUUAUGUGGAGGUAUCAUCGUUUAUAAUAUAUAUUUUUAUAUAUAAUAUAUAUAAAGAGACGUAGUGAUGCGCAACAGGGAUAAAAGAUAAUAAAUGUCUGAUAAGAUAAACAAAGAAGAGUAGUAAAAGGAAAAAAGGUUAAAAAGAAAUUAAAAAAUAAAAAAAGAAACAGAAUGGGAAGAGGCGAUAAACGAGGUGUCGGGCAGCGUAACGAACCUGUCAGCACCAGCAGCAACCUGGUGGGAAAAUUCACGCAAAGCGUCCGAAGAAUAGUCCAAGACGUUAAGGACGAGGGAUCAUCGAGUGGUUUACCAAAAGAAGAUUUAAUAGAAACAAAUGAAAGAUUAAGGACAGUUAGAGUUAGACUUGAGGCUAGUUAUGAUACUGCUAAACGUGCUUUGACUGAUUUGAUGGCUAAAUAUACUGACAGCAAACAAGUUAGGAAUAUUUUUCAACGUUACAAUAUUCUUAAAGUUAUUAUUAAGGAGGUAAUUAAAUUGGAGACUCAGUAUUGGAUUCUUGUUGAUAUACCACGGCAAGAAAAACAAGAAACUGUUCCAUCUUUUGUAUUAAGAGCGUGCGCUAUUAUGGAAAAAACCCACAAAACUUGCGAGGGAAUAAAAAGUUUUGCUAAAAUUUCGGCAGAAGAUGCUGCGGAGAUUAGAAAGGAACGGAUUGAUCGCCUUGAAGACAUGACUACAUCGCAGAUAGAAACUGAAAAUACUCAGAUGAUUAACGAUCUCUAUCGACUCCUAAAAAAAUACACUGGCUUAAGGAAUCUUAUUCGAGAUUUAAAGGUGGAAUACAACAGUUCAAAAGUGUACCCAAUGUUCCCACGUUACACGAUACUUAAAGACAUGAUAAAAGACAUAAUGCACAAUCCAUGUUACAUGGAAGUCUGCCAUGAAAAUUAAUCACUCCAAUAAUUACACACAAUAAAUUUACAACAGUCUCUUUGACAAAUUUUGUAAGUGCGAUGGAAUUUUGCUUGAAUUUAAUCACCGCAUAUUUACUCAAAUGGUGUUCAAUUUAAUAAUUAUUUUACUCUGUAGGUUUAUUGCUAUUAUGCGCACUAAUUAUUAAUUAUUAGUGACAUUGAUACAUAGAGUGCAUUAAAAAAAAAAACUGUAGAGUAUAAUCAAAAUGUUAUAAAUAAUUUUUCUCUAAAAUUUAUUCAGUAGAAUUUUUCUAGACGGCUUUUUUUGAGCUUCA